AUGGCCCAGCAGACUGUCGAUGUUACCAAACUCCCGGCCCUGACAGGCGCGGGCAAUUAUCAAGUCUGGCACGAAGCGUUGCAAACUUACCUCCGCUUACAAGGCCUUUGGAGAACCGUCUCAGGUGUUCACAAACAACCUGUUUUUCCAACGCCAGCACCACAAGAGGGUGAAGCCGAACCAGCUCCAGCUACAACUGGAUCCUCACGCACCACUCGGAGUGCUUCAAGGCCUACCGGCGAUACUUCUGAUGCAAGACUCGCGGCCUACGAGAAGGCCGUCGACCGGUAUGAAAGACAACUAUCCGCAUGGGAGACUGAGGACGAAAAGGCUAUGGGAGCCAUCUGCACUGCGUUGACUCAGGAGAUUCGCCACAGCGUUAUCAAACUCGGCAGCGCGAAGGAAGUCUGGGACGAGUUGAAAAGACGUUUUGACGUCGUCUCGGACGUGCAAUCUUUUGAAGGAUUGCAAACCGCUAUAUCCUUGCGGUAUGACGACUGCAAAGACGUCAACGAAUACAUCAUGAAGAUGUCCGGAGCGUUGGAUAAGUUCCAACGUAGCCUCGCCGAGAAUGAGAAGCUCGGUGACGGCGCACGAAUCCAGUUCCUUCUCUGCAACCUCGGAGAACAAUGGUCUACCUUCUUGACUUCCUAUCUCAACUCUCGAUAUGUCAAAGGAAGCACCACGUGGGACCAGAUCACUCAGGUCCUUGUGCAAGAGGAGAUGCGUGCCCAGUUCAACUCGGGCAACGCCAACCUCACCAAGGCCUCCAAAGGUGUCGAACUCGUUGAUGGCGUCAUGGUCCGCAGAUUGCGGAGGUGUGGUUGA